GGUCUUUCCACAUAUUAUUCCAGUAAUUGUGCAAAGGCUGAUGCUGAAUUGGCGCAAGAGUUUAUGAAAGAAAAGGACAUAGAAACCUAUAACACAAGAUUAUUUAAGGAGGAGAAAGAUGGUCAUGUGACAUACAUUCUUCGCAUAGCUUCAGUGGCAAAAACUGCAGAGCCAUGUCCUGGAGCAAAUGGGGAAGAAGACAAAGUAGUAACAGUUUUGGGUUCUCAUGAAUUCAAAGGCUGUACCUUCAGGGUGGAGAGAGGAGAUUAUUCUGGUCUACUAAAAAGAGUUGUCGAAAAUCUAGAGAAAGCUAAGGAAUUUAGUGCUAAUAACAAUGAACUGUCCAUGAUAAAAAGCUACAUACACAGCUUCAACACAGGCUCCAUUCAGGCUCAUAAGGAUGGCUCUAGGUUCUGGAUCAGAGAUAAGGGACCCAUUGUUGAAACUUACAUAGGAUUUAUUGAGACAUACAGAGACCCUUCAGGUGUUCGAGCAGAGUAUGAAGGGUUUGUGUCAGUUGUUAACAAAGAGAUGAGUGCCAAGUUUGCAUCACUAGUGUCCAAAGCUGAGAAGUUGCUUCCUGAGCUGCCAUGGCCUCCUGCGUAUGAGAAGGACAAGUUUUUAAGACCAGACUUUACUUCUCUUGAUGUGCUGGGCUUUGGAAGCAGUGGUAUACCAGCUGGAAUUAACAUUCCUAAUUAUGAUGAAAUUCGUCAAGAAGAAGGCUUUAAAAAUGUAUCUUUGGGAAAUGUACUGGCGGCUCAUUCAGUUGACAAGAAGGUCACUUUCCUUAGUGAUGAGGAUCAAGAGCUGUUUACAAAGCUUAAAGCCCCAUCCUUUGAGGUACAAGUUGGCCUUCAUGAACUCUUGGGCCAUGGAAGUGGCAAGCUCUUUGUUAAGAAAAAUGAUGGCACAUAUAAUUUUGACCUUGACAGUGUGAUGCACACAGAAACUGGAGAAAAGAUCUCCAGCUGGUAUACUGACGGGGAGACCUGGUACACACGGUUUGCUGAAUUAAGUCCAUCUUAUGAGGAAUGCCGUGCAGAGUGCGUGGGAAUCUACCUUUGUACCUCUACAGAAGUACUAAGAAUAUUUGGGCAUGAAGGCACUGAUGCUGAUAACAUAAUUUACAUCAACUGGCUGAAUAUGGUCCGUGCAGGUCUGUUAGGACUGGAAUUUUAUACCCCUGAGAAUAACAAAUGGCGGCAGGCUCACAUGCAAGCACGAUAUGUCAUUCUACAAGUUCUCCUUGAAGCAGGUGAAAAUGUAGUACAAGUGACCAGUAUCACAGGGUCAGAUGGUAAACCAGAUGUGUUGGUGACACUGGAUAGAACAAAGAUUGAAUCUGUGGGAAGGCCAGCUAUUGGAAACUUCCUCAGAAAACUACAGGUGUACAAGUCAACAGCAGAUUAUGAUGCUGGCAAAGCUUUGUAUGAUCAAUACUCAGCCGUAGAUGAGGAAUAUUUAGCACUGCGUCAGACAGUUCUUGCUCGCAAGACUCCACGAAGGAUGUUUGUUCAAUGCCAUACAAGCAUUACAGGAGACAAUGAUGUUAGUUUAACAGAAUUUGAAGCAAGCCCUGCUGGGAUGAUCAAGUCAUUCACAACUCGCUUUCCAAGUGAAGACAGUGUGUUAGAAGAGCUAUGGAGAGCUGAGAUGCCAUACCACAAGUUGUGAUAACAUAACAUGAACUGCACCAGAAAAAGAUGUUCCUGGCUAAAACCUCAUCUCCUGAAUUUCAGUAGCACAGAUACUAAUAUUGUCAUCACCCUGCAUAGCAGGCAUUAACUGAAUAGGAAAAUGGUAGGGGGCAAGGGGUUGUCCCCCCCUUCCCAUAGCACAUUUACCUCACACCUCCUCCCUUUGGCUUUUGUUUUAAUUAUUUUAUUAAAUUAUUAUCUUUUCUAUUACCCUUGUUUUCCUUGUUAAAACCACAAUAUCUCAACUUCUUUUCACCAAAAUUUAAUUUUUGGCAAA